CAGAAAUGAGACUCGCCUGUUGUGUAAACAAUUCGCUUAGUCAGAGCGGGAGGGUUUUGUCAUAUUCUUUCUUCGCAUUUGAAGUUCUUUUGUAUAUUUACAAGUAUUAUAACUUUGAUUUUGGAUCAGGUGCCUUCGUAGAAGAGCUACUCAUUCUAUUAGGCUGGUCAGUUUCAGACUUAGGAAAGUACUUUUUCUGCUGUUUAUUUUCUGAUUCUGCUUGUUUCUCUAAGUCAGCCUGCAUUUCUGGCCUAUUCUUUUACGUACCAUCUGUCUUAGGGGUAAUUUUCUUCCUUUUUUGGCAGUCUUUCGUACUUCGCCUCGAAAUAAUAACUUGCAUUGCUAUCUUGUGUUUUAACUGUUUGCAUUUGCUAACAUACCUUCUACUUAUUGCUAGUAAACAUAAAUCUAAACUGUUGUAACCUUGAAUACUUUUCAGAGUGAUUCAUCUUCCAACUAUGUCCUCACUAUGUAUGUUUUCACAACCCAGUGUUGAUUGUGAUCAGUUUUCUUCUUAUACUUUAGUUUUGGCGUGUGUCGGUGUGGGUAAUGUAGCUCAGCUGUCAUGUGAUCUGUUAAUUCACAACCUAAAGUGUGAUUUUGUCAGUAGUCUGAACUUUAAGUACUGUCCAUCUGUCAUCGGUCUGGAUUUCAAUGGACACAUAAAUUCAGAAUCCAAUUUAAUGACGUCUUCAGAGCUCUACGCUAAUCCUACACUCAAACUGGCCGUUUUACAAGUUCGGGCUCCUCCAUUCUCUGGUUGUAAGUGGAAGUAUGUCAAAGAACUAAUUCUUUUUCUGAAAAGUGUCAAGUUCAAGACUGUCGUCUUGUUGUCCAGUAGUUUUGCUACUGUACUUAAGGAUAAAGAACUAAGUGCCGCACCACUGCAGUACACUGUCUCUACCUCAUUCAGUGCAACCGAUCGCAAAACUCUUGAAGAAUUGGGUUGGCACCCCCUCAGAAUACACGAUGAACAACUAGAUUACGAACUGUCUACUGUGAGUCACCUACCGGGCUGUGGAGUUGCCAAUUCUUUAUUUGAAAAAUUGAAUAAGUGUUGCGAUACACCUGUAUGUUUGCUGAAUUUUUUCACAUCUGAAGGCGACAACAGUGGUGAUGCACUUUACGUUGUGUGUUAUUUAGACAAUUGGUUGCAGCUUACUGCACAAUUGAGUGGUAACAAGACAAGUUUUCGUUGGACUCCCCCACCCUCCUGGAACUUUUUAUUUGGAGACGAUCCUAUUAACGCUUUAUACUAACUUUUUAUACAUUUUCAAUUAUAUUUUUUUGAAUAAAUAACCACCGUUACUUCUGUUGAGCCAUUUCAGGAUAAUAAAGCGAUUUUACUGAUUACUAUUUUUAUGUUUUAUUUUCAUACAUCCAUACAAGUGAUCAUCUCUAUGUACAUUUUCCAUGUU